GUUUUUUCCUCUUCCAUAUGGAAACAAAGGAUGUGGAGUUACAUUGAGGAAGGCAUUGGUUGGAAGACUGAACACCACCACCCUUCUCUUCCAACUACAAUGUUCAUGUGUACUGCACAGAAGCAAUCAAAACUUAUUUUACAGAGGGAAAGUCACAUCAGUUUCUCAUAAACUCUUCCUUGAAAUAAAAAAUCCACAGGCAUCCACUGACCUCUUGGACAUGGUUAUUGGCUUGUGGACAGUGGACCCCCGUUGCUUCCUUGUCUUCCUACUUCUGUUCUGAUCAGACAACCUACCAUUAUAGCUGCUCUUGUUCUUAUUCAUAGAUUAUCCUUUCGAAGAAAAUGAUGUUUGCUCACUCACAUGCUUUGGCAAUUCCUUGUACCCUUCUUGGUUACUCCAAAUGAAUAAUUUGGUCAUUUGAUUUCCUGUUUCUGACAAGGACUUAGGGCACUGCAACAUGUAUCAUCAUCAUCAUCAUCAUCCUGAAUGAGAAAACAUUCGGGGAAUAGGAUAUCUUUUGGGUUUUUGCCGAUCAUGUGCACCUCUUUGAGUCUUUUUAGGUGAUCCAUUCCUUUCGUCUCCUGAAUCAUGGUACCUCUACCGAUGCAUGUCUGGAGAAGUUGCCAUGAAUAGUUUUGGAGAGAGGCCACAGACAUGGAGUGGAGACUCUGUCUCUACUCCAUCAGAACUAGCUCACGGCAGGGAUGGCUCUUGGAAGGACCUAGGAACAUCGAUGAGCGCGAUCUCAUUCGGUUUAGCUGCAACCGCAAUCCUGAUCUCCAUGUUCCUCUUCAUGGCGAUAUUUGAGCAUCUGAUCAAGCCAAGGGCAUCUCUUCUAAGUUCUCGGCACAGUGCAACAGAAUCCUCAGAGAUGAGCCAACCACAUGCUCAGGUUCACUUGCAGAAGUUUCAGCAUCCAGUUGGAACUCAGUACACAGCUGAUUUCUCUGUGUUAAUGCCGGGCCAGCAGUAUCCUACCUUCAUUGCUCAACCUGCUCCUUUUCCUUGCCCAAGAGAAGGGAUUCAAUGGCCACCCCAUGAUCCUCACAUAUCCUUCAUGUAAAUACAGGUUUUGUCUGUAAUGGAAUCUGCUCUCUUGGAUGCAAUUAAACUUUUCUUUCAGGCCAAACAAUAAAAGGAAGGCUUGUUUA